AUGCGAUAUCAAGACUGGGAUGUGCUUUUGUUCCCUGGAGACUCUAAGAUCCCCAUUCAAGAAUUUGAUACGAAGUGCUAUGCCUUGGAACAAGCAUCGUCCCUUCGAGGACUCGAGUUCAAUCGCAACAGCUACGAGUCAAUGACUAUACUACCUACCCUCACAUGCUUCGUGGCAAGUCUGGAACGUGGAUCAUCCUUUCGAGUCUCGGUUCAUAGCUGGGAGAAGCCGAAAGCGUCAAACCUGCUCUUGAGUUACAAGACGAUGGAGGAAAUUGUUUUGUUCGAAGCUAAAAUAUACAUCGACGGAAUAUUGACGGCUUGCCGGACCUUCGAAGACGGUGCCUGGCCAGAGGUCAUUGAAGACAAUCGCCAUCUUCGGUUUCCAAGCUUCCGCAAGGAAGUGCUUCAACAGCCACACUGGGAGCCUGGUGACCCUGUCGGUCGUAUCAAGGUUGUGAUUUCCGAGGGAGUCCUACGAGACACGACACCGCCGACUGCCUCCUCAAUCAUAUUUGAUCGGUUCCGGGACGUGGUCUGCUUUUCGUUUCAGCAUGCACCUCAAAACAUUCUCGAAUAUUCCGGUAUCGCCUGGCCGAAUAUGCGAAUCUUUGGAAGGGCUGCAAAAAGGUCAUCGCGACCACCGCCAAUUGGCAGCCGUUUACCACCAGCCACUGCUCAUGAAUCUCAUUCGCAUUCUCCUCGGCGAGUUCCUGACGCAGCGCCCUCAGACAGACCAUCAUCCAGGGAGUUCAAGCCAUUUCAAAACUUGCUGAAGGCGGAGACGUUUUCUGAUCUAAAGUCUGAUUCAGUGACGAAGCUGAGUAUGUUGACUGCUACCAGAAAGGUGUCACCUACUAGCAGUGUAGACGGUGAAGAUCCUUUUCUUGACCCAUUGCGCACCAGGAGGUACUGGAGGAAGCAGAUGAGGUCCAGCAGCCACGAUAUGCCCAUGUUUGACUAUACUUCCACCAACAGCGGAGCUCCCACGGAGAUGUCGGGGCUUAGCUUCCCGAAGGCCAACUUUCUCAAGCAUAUGCGUGAGGCCAAUCCAGAAGAGAUUGUGGAAGCCCUCAGUCCACUACGGAAGGAGCGACUGCUUGAGGUCUUAAGCGCAUCACAAAGUCCUGUUCGAGGUCCCCAUCCUCCAACCAACACCCCAAGUGGAACCGUACAUGGCAGCCGUACACACCCGCCGAUCGACAGACUCACUGCACUUCUCGCACCCUCAGGGCACGCUAGUUUACAGGGCAACAUUGAAGAAGAGCUCUGGGUUAAAGCUCUAACUAAGCGCGACAGCAGUAAUGAACCUGGAUCAGAAGACAGUCGCACCUACGGGGAAGAAAGAUACAGCAAGAUCGAUAACUGCUCUAAACUGGCGUUGAGCUCCAGCGAAACUGCUAGACGAGGCAGCCUGACUCAGGCAGAAAGUAGAUCAUCUUCGCUACGUGUCACUAGACAGAGGUCGUUGUCGAACGUUCCAAAACGCAAACUUGGGUCACUGUCGCCUUCGAUCAAAAUCAGCACUCCUGUGAAUACGAUUCAUGUUAUGAUUGACUCUACCCCAGCUUCACCAAGAGGACGGAAGGCAUCGGGGGAGAAUGGUGGUUGA